UACUUUGAAAAGCUGGAAGCGGACGUGGGUGUGUCCAUCAUGUUUAAAUAAACGGCAGCCUGUUAGCAGUUAGCCUGUUAGCAGUAAGUUCGUGAGUUUUGGGGUAGGAUGCCGAAGGUCGGCGCUGAGGCGGAGCUGCGGACUCUGACGGAGUGUCAGUACAGGUAUCCAGGUGAAACUCUGUCAGAUCUUCAGAGGGUUCGUUCUCUGUUCUCUGAUCUUCGUCUCUACGUUGAUUUUUACUGUUUCCCAAACAAAGAGAAGAAGAAGCUGGUUUACCUGGCGGGGACACUUCCUGUUCUCUACGAAGGAAGUGAGUAUAAUAUCCCAGUGUGUAUCUGGCUUCAUGAGACCCACCCGGUGUCCAGACCUCGCUGUUUCGUCUGUCCCUCUGUCUCCAUGGUGAUCAACCCAUCCUGUUCCUGUGUAGACGCCUCCGGCAACAUCAGUCUGGACGGACUGAAAAAUUGGACUCAUGGCGUGUCCAACCUGUCACUGCUUGUGUCAGAGAUGAGGCGGGCCUUCCAGAGGGACACGCCCCUGUAUGCCAGGUCUCCAGUCCAAGCCCCGCCCCCUGCAGGUGUGCAGGUGUCAGUGUUAGCUGGAAGCAUUCAUCCUCCCACCUCCAUCACCUCCUCCUCCGCCAUCACCUCCUCCAUCACCUCCUCCUUUUCAAAGAGCCACCACCUCCCCCUCACCUCCUCCCGCCUGUCUGGACUGAAAGCCAGCCAAUGGGAGCAGAGCAAGGAGGUGAGGGUGAGGAGGUCGUACACUGAGGAGCUGCUGGGGAUCGACUUCAGUGCGCCUCCUCCUUUAUCUUCCUCCUCCAACAACCACAACAACCCAUUCCUGAGCUCCUCCCCCUCCUCAGGUGUGGCCCCUGCAGACCCUCUCAGCAGGAGGAUGGGAGCUCUGAGGCUGGACACAGAGUCCAGCAGAGACCAGCAGGGUGGGUCACCAGUACAGACAGUCCAAUCAGAGGCAGCCAGAGACGGUUACGACACAGGUUCUGGACCAGCAGCUGGACUGCAUCAGGGUCUUGGGACUCAGAGAAUUCAGUCAGAACCUGCAGCUGGAGAGGAACACGCCAAGAUGGCGGCCCGUCUUCCUCCAGACAAGGCAGCCAUCUACCUGUCUCUGAUGACCAUGGAAGGGAGGAGCUUCAGCCCAGGUGAUGUCAUGGAGGCGGUCCAACUCAACAGAGAUUUCCCAUUAGCCCUUAAGUUCCUGACUCACAGCUGCCCCAUCUGUCAGGAGCAGGUGUCCUUCAGCAAGAUCAUCACCAUGACUCAUUGCUCCUGUUUCUUCUCCUCUAUGUCCUGUAGAUCAUCACUAUGACUCACUGCUCCUGUUUCUUUUCCUCUAUGUCCUGUAGAUCAUCACCAUGACUCACUGCUCCUGUUUCUUCUCCUCUAUGUCCUGUAGAUCAUCACUAUGACUCACUGCUCCUGUUUCUUCUCCUCUAUGUCCUGUAGAUCAUCACCAUGACUCACUGCUCCUGUU